CCUCAACAUCAAUCUCUCAGGCUCCUCUGAAAGCUCCCAUCUCGACAAUCAAACUUUCUCUUGGUGGUAACAAAGUUUAACGUGCACCACCAAGGUUCAUCUAUUUCCUUACCUAUAAUUUUCUAAAUCCUGCGGUGCAACGCCCAAUUCGCCCUCUCGGCAUUCCCUUCGACUCACGCUGACUGGGCUGUUUUCUUUGUGUUUUGGGUCACAAGCCAAGACAUAGCCCUGGCAAUACGGCCCCAUCCCCAUCCUUAACAUUGACGGCCUCAUCCGUCGUCACCCUUCAAGGCCCAAUCUUGGAAUAUCGAUAAUUCAAAUUAUAUCUAUACGCAUCUUGGUCUAUCAUCUAUCCUUCUUUCUUGUAUAAGCGAAUUCCUCUCCUAUCUGACGGCUGGCUCCAAGUUUUCAAUCGACUUCCAGGCAAUCGAGCCAACCGAGAUUUCCUGCUCAACCCCGCCAUCCUGAGAGCAGACCCCGUAACCCUUUCAUCACGACUUGACCUGUGGUUUCGGCCUCUCCUUGGCCGACUCCAACUAUGCUACAGAUGCAUGGAGGACAAAAUGAUCAUGGUACUACCUGCUACCUGCCACCACUCUUGGUCUAUGUCCUCCUGUCAGCUAACCAGGCUUUCUUGACACAGGAGCCGAAAAUCACACUGGGGAUGAUGAACGUGGACGAGAGAAGCUGCCAAUGCCCCUCUCGUUGCCAAAGAACCGUAGUACGGGAAACUUGGCUGCCGCAAGGAACUCUUCAACUCAAGAUCGAAGCAGAGCACGCAUGUCCCUGGAUGCGUCCGCGGCCGCCGCGGCUGCCGCUGACCUUGAAGCUAUCGCCAGGUCUCCCAUCAUGACCGAUCACGAGCAUGGCUUAGGCCUGUCCGGCCUUCGACGAAUUAGACAGACACGCCCACCAUCCAGAAACCCUACUUUACCAGGAUCCCGAGCAUCUUCGCGAAGCCCAUCCGUUGCCGCUCUGUCUCGUUCCACUUCGAUGAGUACGAUGGCUGCCAGCACCGGCAACUUGUCGCUCACUGGUGGUCCAUCAAAUCCCAGCUUCUCCGACGAUCUUUCUCGCUUCCCCUCUGAGUCUUUGCAUUCUUUCUCUUUCGCCAAUCAGUCCGAGGACUUUUUGCACAACCGACAAAAUGCCCUCAAACGGUCCGUUGAGUUCAUGAAGGACCAUAUGGGUCUUCCUAUGAACUCGUCGCAGGCUGCUCUUGCAAGUGCCCAGGCAAGAGUAAGUGGCGAUGUCGAGACACAGAAUAUGCUUGACCUACUCGCACAGGCACAGCUAAUUAGAGCUCCAAACUUGCCAAACCCCGACGAUUCUUACGCCCCGGCUCCUCUGACCGGUCCCGCUGAGGUCUUGGAAAAUGUCUUCGACAAGAAUUUUGACCCUCGAGCAUCCAGCACAGAUCUCAUCAGUCCUCGCCAGACAUCGCCACCACCUCGACGGUCAAGGGUUGGGACAACAAGAAGAUCCAUUCCACUUGAGCCAGCAGCCUAUGAGACUGCCCAUGUUCAGGAUCAACCAACUACAGCUUCUGCUAGUGGAGGAGGCCCUUCAGGCUCGAAAACUACCCCAGUCCGUCCGACGCUGAGCCUCAAGCGAACAAUGACAGAUAUAACGGCCGUGUCGGCUCAAGAUAAACUUAUAGAUACAGUUUCGCAGCCUUUCUUAAGUGGUCAGCCCAUAUAUCAAGAACCAUUAAACUCGCCGUCCUUGGCCCAACUCCCCAGCGCCACAGCGACCAGUUUCCCCACCCAGUUAGGUCCUUCUGUACAUGGACACACAAACCGAUGGGUACCCGCCGCUCAGGCGAUCUUUACAACAGAAGUUAAACCUCCAUGGACCAUUAUUGCGGCAAACGAUCUCGCCUGUCUGGUAUUUGGCGUUACAAAAGCUGAGGUGCGCAAGAUGGGCAUCUUGGAAGUUGUACAGGAGGAGAGAAGGUCAUGGUUGGAACGAAAACUCUUGAAGCAAGCAGAUGAUGAGCUUAAUGAAAGCCAAACGCCCUCGGGCCAAACAACGCCUGCAGCUUCAGCAGCUUCGGCACUGCUUAACGGGAGAUCUGGAAUAACAGCCCAGCUCCUAAGCAAGCCAAAUUCGAGGACUCAGCCACGAAGUUACAUACAAAGACGUGCACAAACGGUUCACAGCGGCGACCCAAGCCCGCCCAAGACCCGGGGCGGCGGGCAUAAUCAGACGAAUUCCUCUAGAGGAGUGCUGCUAUGCGGUGACGUGGUCCCCAUUCAGAAACGCAACGGUGCGACCGGUUCUGCUAGUUUGUGGGUCAAAGAGAAGAAGGUCGGAUUGAUCUGGGUUUUGGAAGAGAUUCACGAGGACGUCGCCUACAUCACCUUGGACGAGGACGGCAUCGUUCAACAGGUCACCGGCUCUACUGCUCCCAUCUGGGGGUUCGAGUCAAUCUCUACCGGAUUCGAUAUAGCAAGACUCGUUCCACGGAUUCCCAGACAAGGGAUUGACCCUAACACAGGAGAAAUCGACUUUGCCCAGGUUUCAAGGCGGAGAUACUUCACCUGUCCUCACUCACCCCAAGUCAAUGUGCCUUGCACAGUUGAGCAAACCCGCGGCAAGCUAGAGCUUCGUGUUUCCACGUUCCCUCACAUGGCUGGAAUUGUCGUGGUAGAGCCAGAGACGCUUAAGAUCCGAAGCUCAAACGCAGCCUUUUGCGGUGCGCUCUUCGGAUUCGAAAAGGCCGAUGGCAUGUCGAUAAAUGCACUCAUCCCAGAAUUCGACAACAUUCUGGGGUCAUUGAUAGAAGAGGACGGUAUACAACUCCUCGAUGGUAUGGUUGUUCCUGAACAUCGUUUCAGAAAAGCUUCGGCUUUCCUGGCCUUGAAAGAACAUAGACCUGACGCUGCAUCUGCUUUCCUCCAUCCUGCUGGAUUAAGCGCCAAACACCGAGACGGAUCCGAUCUGAAGGUUGACGUCCAGAUGCGUGUAGUCAAGAGUGAAAAGAAGACCGUUGUGAUGAACGAGACAGUCUUCGAAGGCAGCGAUGAGGACAACGCCACCGGAGACGAAGCCUUCGAAGUGACCCAUUCAGAAAUAGUGUAUGCUUUGUGGAUUACUUAUUCUCGCCAUCUCCACGGCACUCAGCCUCAUCUCGGGCUCGAAACCCCUACCCGGGCUGGAGCUUUAACUCCUCUCCACCAGCCAUCACCUGGCCAGACCCCUGCUCAUACGCCUCUUGAGAUUGCUUCAGAUGAUGAGGGGCCUCGAAAGAACGUGUUGAUUGCUGCAAGUUCACUAUCCAAGCAUUUAAAGGAUGCCGCCAUGAAUGCUGCUGCUAAGAUCACGGGGCAGCAACCAAAGCCCAAGCCUGAAGAGGCCACUCCAGUUCCCAAGGUCGUCGAGCCUCCCCACAAGAAAACGAUCAACGACUAUGUGAUAUUGGAGGAAAUGGGCCAGGGUGCGUAUGGUCAAGUGAAGCUAGCCCGGCAUAAACAAAGUGGCAAGAAGAUUGUGCUCAAGUAUGUUACCAAGCGACGUAUUCUUGUCGAUACGUGGACUAGAGACCGAAAGCUGGGUACUGUGCCCCUGGAAGUUCACGUCUUGGAGUACCUUCGCAAACCUGAGCUACUUCAUCCCAACAUCGUCGAGAUGCAAGGAUUCUUUGAGGAUGACGUGAACUACUAUAUCGAGAUGAUUCCUCAUGGUCUGCCAGGCAUGGAUCUCUUUGACUACAUCGAACUCCGAACCAACAUGGACGAGUCUGAAUGCCGCAGCAUUUUUGUACAAGUAGCCAAUGCAAUCCACCACCUCCACACCAAGGCUCGCGUGGUACAUCGCGACAUCAAGGAUGAAAAUGUAAUCCUUGAUGGAGAAGGCAACAUCAAACUGAUCGACUUUGGGAGUGCUGCAUACAUCAAGAGCGGUCCAUUCGAUGUCUUCGUAGGCACAAUCGAUUACGCUGCUCCUGAAGUUCUCGCUGGCAAGCCUUAUCGGGGCACAGAGCAAGACGUUUGGGCACUAGGUAUUCUCCUCUACACCAUUAUUUACAAGGAGAACCCAUUCUACAGUAUUGACGAGAUCAUGGACCGUGACCUGCGGAUACCCUAUAUUCUGAGCGAGGAGAGUAUCGACCUCAUUCGAUGCAUGCUGGACCGAGAUGUCGCUAAACGCUACGAUAUCAACCAAGUGCUAGAGCAUCCUUGGUGCCAGGCUGCUGUUGAAGAAUGAAACCUGAUAUUUUACAAGCCAUUGAAACAAUAAAUCGUCAUCAAGCCUUGUCAACGGGAAAGGAAGCCUUUCAGCUGUCACUUGGUGACUCAUUUGGUUACAAUACCUCUUUUGGAAAGUCGAAGCCUUCUCAUUUCCCCUUUGUUUUAUGCGUUAGAGAUUAUUGACACGGAGCGAUCGAACGAAGAUAGAAGAAACAUACGAUACCUACUUUGGAUACUAGGUACUAUGCUGGGAAGGACAGGCGAACACUUUUUUGGAACCUCCGGCGUGAAGGAUAAAAUGGCCGGAUUCUCGAGGAGCGGGGUAAAUAGGACACGGAGUUGUUUCUUGGCUGUUGAUUUUGCGAAACCUGCGGAUAGAAGCGAAAGAUAAAGGAUAUAUUUUUUCCUCAACUGCAUAAGCAAUCCAAGUUAGACACACUCUUCAUGUUCAACUGUAUAUAUGUCACAGAUCUUAUCCAGUAAAUGAGAGUUCGGCGAUAAUUCCUA